ACAGAACCAGAAAGAAAGAAAGUGUGCAUCAUCAUUUGAUUCAUUUACAAUUGAAGCUCUCAGAUUGGAGCUUCCCAGACCGAAACCAAAUCCAAUCCGUAGUCACUCUACUCUGAUUUAAACCCAAAAUCCAAAACAACACAAUGUCGUCAAAGAAAGAAGCCAUAUUCAUCUGCUCGCUCAUAGUCCUCUGGUACUCAUCAAACAUCGGCGUCCUCCUACUCAACAAGUUCCUACUCUCCAACUACGGCUUCCGAUUCCCAAUCUUCCUCACAAUGUGCCACAUGUCCGCCUGCGCCAUUCUCAGCUACAUUUCCAUCGUCUUCCUCAAGGUGGUCCCUCUCCAGACCCUCAAAUCCAGGUCCCAGUUCCUCAAGAUUGCCACUUUGAGUGUUGUUUUUUGUGGGUCCGUCGUCGGCGGCAACAUUUCCCUCAGAUACCUCGCCAUCUCUUUUAAUCAGGCCGUCGGUGCCACCACGCCGUUUUUCACUGCCCUUUUUGCCUAUUUGGCUACCCUUAAAAGGGAGGCCUGGGUUACUUAUGCUGCUCUUGUCCCUGUUGUCACUGGAGUUGUCAUUGCUAGUGGGGGUGAGCCGAGUUUUCACUUCUUUGGCUUUGUUAUGUGUAUUAGUGCAACUGCUGCAAGGGCAUUUAAAUCUGUUCUUCAGGGUAUCCUACUUUCUUCUGACGGGGAAAAGUUGAACUCUAUGAAUUUGCUGCUUUAUAUGUCACCAAUUGCUAUUCUUGUAUUGUUGCCUGCUGCACUUAUAAUGGAGCCCAAUGUUGUAGAUGCCACUUUGUCACUUGGAAGGGAGCAUAAAUUCAUGUGGUUACUUCUUUUGGUUAAUUCAGUAAUGGCCUAUUCUGCUAAUUUGUCAAAUUUCUUGGUGACGAAGCAUACAAGUGCGCUAACACUUCAGCUACUAGGUUUGGUAAACUCCAAGGGGGCAGAUGCUCUUGUAAUCACUCUACGAUGCGUGUUCAAGAACAGUACGAAUCUCCCCUCACAAACCAAUGCGUGUUCACUCAGAGAUGUGUUUCUAAGACACCAAAAGUUAUUUCAAUGCAAGGGGAAAAGAAGAGUUUGA